AUGUCGGUCUCCUUUAAAGCAUCAGUGACAGUUCCUGAGAUAUUGAGCCCCUCUCCAGACACACAGAAGUACCACUGUAAGUACCACUGUAAGUACCACUGUAAGUACCACCGUAAGUACCACCGUAAGUACCACGGUAAGUACCACCGUAAGUACCACCGUAAGUACCACCGUAAGUACCACUGUAAGUACCACCGUAAGUACCACCGUAAGUACCACCGUAAGUACCACCGUAAGUACCACCGUAAGUACCACUGUAAGUACCACUGUAAGUACCACUGUAAGUACCACCGUAAGUACCACCGUAAGUACCACCGUAAGUACCACCGUAAGUACCACUGUAAGUACCACCGUAAGUACCACUGUAAGUACCACCGUAAGUACCACCGUAAGUACCACCGUAAGUACCACCGUAAGUACCACUGUAAGUACCACUGUAAGUACCACUGUAAGUACCACCGAUUCCUCAGUACGGGAGACCAAGCCGCGAAAGGGAACUACGGCCUUUUGGACCAGAUCCAGGCCCUGAGGUGGAUCAGUGAAAACAUUGGCUUCUUUGGGGGAGACUCUAACCGCAUCACUGUGUUUGGCUCUGGCAUUGGGGCGUCAUGUGUCAGCCUGCUCACACUCUCCCACCACUCUGAAGGCCUGUUCCACAGAGCCAUCAUCCAGAGCGGAUCGGCCCUUUCCAGUUGGGCUGUCAACUACCAGCCAGUCAAAUACACACGUCUCCUGGCCGAGAAGGUGGGCUGCAACGUUCUGGACACGCUGGACAUGGUUGACUGCCUCAGAAAAAAGAGCUCCCGAGAACUAGUGGAGCAGGACAUCCAACCGGCCCGAUACCACGUCGCCUUCGGACCAGUCAUUGACGGAGACGUAAUUCCAGACGAUCCCGAAAUUCUGAUGGAGCAGGGGGAAUUCCUCAACUAUGACAUCAUGCUCGGGGUCAACCAGGGGGAGGGGCUGCGUUUUGUGGAGAAUGUUGUGGAUUCAGAAGAUGGAGUCUCCGGGAACGAUUUUGACUUUUCUGUGUCGGAUUUUGUUGAUAGCUUGUAUGGAUACCCAGAAGGCAAGGAUACACUUCGAGAGACGAUCAAGUUCAUGUAUACAGACUGGGCUGAUAGGGACAACCCGGAGACAAGGCGCAAAACUUUGGUGGCGCUUUUCACUGAUCACCAAUGGGUCGAGCCGUCAGUGGUAACAGCCGAUCUCCAUGCCAGAUACGGAUCGCCAACGUACUUCUACGCCUUUUACCAUCACUGCCAGAGUCUGAUGAAGCCGGCCUGGUCCGACGCGGCGCACGGAGACGAGGUGCCCUAUGUGUUUGGGAUUCCUAUGAUUGGACCAACUGACUUGUUCCCCUGCAACUUCUCCAAGAACGACGUCAUGCUGAGCGCUGUAGUCAUGACCUACUGGACCAACUUUGCCAAGACUGGGGAUCCAAACAAACCGGUUCCCCAGGACACCAAGUUCAUCCACACCAAGGCCAACCGUUUCGAGGAGGUGGCGUGGUCCAAGUACAACCCUCAGGACCAGCUGUACCUGCACAUCGGCCUCAAGCCCCGCGUCCGCGACCACUACCGCGCGACCAAAGUGGCCUUCUGGAAACACCUCGUGCCGCAUCUGUACAACCUCCACGACAUGUUCCACUACACCUCCACCACCACCAAAGUGCCCCCACCCGAGACCACCCAGAACACGCUCUCCACCAAACGACCCAACGGCAAGAACUGGCCCUUCAACACCAAGCGCCCGCCAAUGUCACCCGCGUACAACAGCGAAGACAACACCCUCGGAGACGACGAGGAGACCGGGCCGCUGGUGGUGGAGAAUCCCAGAGACUAUUCUACCGAGCUGAGCGUCACCAUCGCCGUGGGGGCUUCUCUCCUGUUCCUUAAUGUUCUGGCAUUUGCGGCGCUCUACUAUCGCAAGGAUAAGCGGCGCCAGGACUCGGGGCACGGACAGCCCAGCCCGCAGCGCCAGACGACCUCCAAUGACAUCGGCCACCACGCCCCCGAGGAGGAGAUCAUGUCUUUGCAGAUGAACCAGAGCCAUCACGAGUGCGACGCGGGCAACGCCAACGAAGGGGCGAUCCGACUGGCCGCGCUGCCGGACUACACGCUCACUCUGAGGCGCUCCCCGGACGACAUUCCCCUCAUGACGCCCAAUACCAUCACCAUGAUCCCGAACUCUCUGGUGGGAAUGCCCAAUCUGCAUCCAUACAACACCUUCACCACGGGCUUCAACUCCACCGGCCUCCCCCACUCGCAUUCGACCACCCGGGUAUAG